AUGGACGCGCAUACCGAUACUCAGGCAAGCGGACCGCCCGACCUUCGACGGGUGGAGUCGUCGAGUCAUGACAUCUACGACGGCGAUGAUUCGACGGUGGACCCCGUAUACAGGGCAAAAAUCAUGCUCAUCAACGAUGCAUUCCAGGAGAUCGGGAUGGGCAAAUACCAAAUCGUCACUGGGCUCAUCCUUACGCCCACUGUGAAUGAGUUUGGGUACCAAGGACCGUUCAUCAAGCUUGGCCAGGCCAUCGGCAUGCUCAUCGGCUGUGUGGUCUUCGGCGUAGGUAGCGACAUAUGGGGACGCAGGUGGUCUUUUAACUUGACCCUUUUCAUUACCGCCCUAUUCGCCAUCGCGGGAGGCGCUUCUUCCAACGCAGUGGCCUUGUGCGCUUUUGUGACAGUUUGGAGCAUCGGCGUGGGCGGUAAUCUGCCUGUGGACUCCGCCGUAUUCCUCGAGUUCGUCCCGGCAUCUCAUCAAUACCUGCUCACCACCCUCUCCGUAUUCUGGUCGAUCGGCCAGCUCGUCGGCAGUCUCAUCGCCUGGCCGCUCAUCUCGAACUUCUCCUGCGCCUCCGCUGCAGCCUGCCCGCGCGCGUCCAACCAGGGCUGGCGCUACUUCACCUACACCGUCGGCGGGCUCGUCAUGCUCCUCUUCGUCCUGCGCUUCUUCGUGUUCCACCUGUACGAGUCCCCGCGGUACCUCGUCGGCCGCGGGCGCGACGCGGAGGCGGUCGACGUGCUGCACAGGGUGGCGGCGUACAACGGGAAGGGGUGCCGGUUGACGGUCGGGAUGCUCGCGGCGGCGGGGGAGGCGGCGCGGCGGAAGAUGGGAGAGAGCGCGGAUGUGGAUGAGGUGCGGGAUGAGAAGGGGAAGGAGAAGGAGGUGGGCGCGGUGAGGGCGGGGCUUGCGGCGAGUCGGCAGGUUUUCAGUGGCAAGCAUGUCAAGGCGCUGUUCGCGACCAGGAAGCUCGCGCUGUCGACGACGCUGCUGAUCUUGAUGUGGGCGCUCAUUGGGCUCGCGUAUGCACUAUACAACAGCUAUAUUCCCUACUUCCUGCAGACGCGCGGAGCGGACUUCGGGGACGGCUCGGUCUACAUCACCUAUCGCAACCAAGUCAUCCUGAGCGUCGUCGGCAUCCCGGGCGCCUUCCUCGCGGGCUGGAUGGUCGAGCUGCCCUACCUCGGACGCAACGGCACGCUCGCGAUCUCGACCAUCCUGACGGGCGCGUUCCUGCUCGCGAGCACGACCGCGCGCACGUCCGACGCGCUGCUCGGCUGGAACUGCGGCUACAGCCUGACGAACAACGUCAUGUGGGGCGUGCUCUUCGCCGUCACGCCCGAGCUGUUCCCCGCGAAGGACCGCGGGACGGGUAAUUCGGUCGUCGAGCUGGGCGACCGCAUCUUCAACCUCUUCGCCCCGGUCAUCGCGUUGUAUGCGGACUUGACGACGGCGGUGCCGAUUUGGUUGUCUGGGGCGCUGUUCAUUGUCGCUGGCUUUCUUGCGUUCCUCUUGCCGUUUGAGCCCAGGGGCAAAGCGUCGAUUUAG